UAUGAGAAAAUGACACCAGUGAAAUGGACAUUAUGGUGGUCCAACAUUUCUUGCAGAUUUUGUUUUUUAUUUUUAUUAUGCUAUUGCUUUCUGAACAACGUAUGAACUUUGCUCUUGCAGCUGGUAACCUGUAUCAUUUGAUAGUUGAGGCAUGCAUUGCCAGAAAUCUGCUGGACACUUCUGCUUAUUUCUGGCCCGGCUACGUGAAUGGACGCAUGAACCAGUUACCGCACAGUAUGCCAACUCAAGUGCCUGGUUGGUCAUCAUUUAUGAAGGGAGCCCCAUUGACUCAAGCAAUGAUUAAUGCUUUGGUUUCUGCUCCUGCUUCAAGUUUAGCAGAGAUGGAGAAGAUUUUCGAGAUGGCGGUCAAAGGAGCAGACGAUGAGAAGAUAGCUGCUGCCACCAUUCUUUGUGGAGCCUCACUAAUUCAUGGUUGGAAUAUCCAGGAACAUACUGUUAAUUUCAUAACCAGGUUAUUGUCUCCUCCAGUUCCUACUGACUACUCUGGUAAAGAUAGCCAUUUGAUAGGCUAUGCCCCAACGUUAAAUGUCUUACUCGUUGGAAUAGCACCAGUGGACUGUGUUCAGAUUUUCUCCCUUCACGGCAUGGUCCCGCAACUUGCUGCUUCAUUAAUGACAAUUUGUGAGGUAUUUGGUUCAUGUGCUCCUAAUAUCUCAUGGACGCUGACAACAGGAGAGGACAUCUCAGUGCAUGCUGUGUUCUCAAAUGCCUUUGCUCUACUACUAAAGUUAUGGAGGUUCAACCAUCCACCUAUUGAAUAUAGAGUCGGAGAUGUGCCCCCUGUGGGAUGCCAACUAACUCCUGAAUACCUCCUACUAAUGAGGAAUUCCCAUCUUGUGUCUUCCGGAGACAUGCUAAAGGAUCCAAAUAGAAGGAGGCUUGCAGCUGUUGCAAGUUCAUCUUCUCCUAAUCCUAUAUUUGUGGACUCAUUUCCAAAAUUGAGAGUUUGGUAUAGGCAACAUUUGGCAUGUAUAGCUUCAACUUUGUCAGGUCUUGUAAAUGGGACUCUUGUCUGUCAAACUGUUGAUCUUUUACUCAAUAUGAUGUUCAAAAAGAUUAACGGGGGAAGUCAGAGUUUGAUCUCCAUAACAUCUGGAAGUAGCAGUUCUUCUGGAACUGGAAGUGAGGAUACUUCUCCAAGGCCUAAGUUACCUGCUUGGGACAUCCUCGAAGCCGUUCCUUUCGUGGUUGAUGCUGCUCUCACAGCAUGUGCUCAUGGAAGACUUUCUCCCCGAGAACUGUGCACAGGACUUAAAGAUUUGGCUGAUUUUCUUCCUGCAUCGCUAGCAACCAUUGUAAGCUACUUCUCAGCUGAGGUCACUCGUGGUGUUUGGAAACCAGUUUUUAUGAAUGGCACUGAUUGGCCAAGUCCUGCUGCUAAUCUCUCCAAUGUUGAGGAACAGAUCAAGAAAAUUCUAGCAGCCACUGGUGUAGAUGUCCCAAGCCUUGCUGCAGGCGGCAGCUCGCCGGCAAUCCUUCCACUUCCAUUGGCUGCAUUUGUCAGCCUUACUAUAACGUAUAAACUCGAUAAAGCGUCCCAGCGUUUUCUCAAUCUGGCAGGCCCCGCUCUGGAGUCACUUGCAGCUGGCUGCCCUUGGCCAUGCAUGCCAAUUGUGGCUUCUUUGUGGACCCAGAAGGCAAAACGGUGGAGUGACUUCCUUGUGUUUUCUGCAUCUCGAACUGUCUUUCUCAACAACAACCAUGCAGUCAUUCAGCUUCUCAAAAGUUGCUUCAUGACCACCCUUGGUUUGAACUCUUCCUCCAUAUCAAGCAAUGGUGGUAUUGGUGCACUUCUUGGACACGGAUUUGGAUCACAUUUCUAUGGUGGUAUUUCUCCGGUUGCCCCAGGUAUUCUGUAUCUACGAGUUUACAGAUCCAUCAGAGACAUCAUGUUCUUGAGAGAAGAGAUUGUUUCUCUUCUGAUACAAUCUAUAAGUGAUAUAGCACACAGUGAGCUUCCAAGACAAAGGUUGGGCAAACUGAAGAAAUCCAAAAAUGGAAAGAAAUUUGGAAAUGUUUCACUUGCUAAAACAAUGACAAGGGUGAAAUUAGCUGCCUUGCUUGGGGCUUCUUUAUUAUGGUUAUCUGGUGGCUCAGGGCUGGUGCAGUCAUUAAUAAAAGAGACUCUUCCCUCUUGGUUCUUGUCUGUUCACAGCUCCAAUCAAGGAGGUGAGGGUGGUCUAGUUCCGAUGCUCAAGGGGUAUGCACUGGCAUACUUUGCAGUACUCUGUGGAGCUUUCGCGAGUGGCGUCGACUCGUUAUCCAUGGCAUCAAAGCGACGUCCAAAAAUCAUUGGGCGUCACGUGGAAUUCAUAGCCAGUGUCUUGGAUGGCAAAAUAUCACUUGGUUGUGAUCCAGCUACUUGGCAUGCCUACGUGUCGGGAUUUGUGAGCCUGAUGGUUGGUUGUACACCAACUUGGGUGUUUGAAGUAGAUGCUGAGUUGUUAAAGAGGCUCAGUAAAGGCUUGAGACAAUGGCAUGAGGAGGACCUUGCUCUUGCUUUGCUUAGCAUUGGUGGUGUUGGUACAAUGGGAUCAGCUGCAGAAUUGAUCAUGGAGGUUUCAUCAUAGUAUUUCUUCUUACCAUAAGAAAUUUUGUAGGUAGAUUGUUAUUGGUAGUUUAAACUUAGUGUUCAACCAAGGAACCUUGUGUACAGUUUAAAGGUGUAACCCUACUUUAUGUGCUUUUUAGGCUGUUUGUUGAUGGGAGGGAAAUCAUGUACAUUUGGUGUGAAAAUAUAUCUUUUAGGUUCGAAUUACUAAAGAUUAUCUCUAUGUGAUAAACAAGAUUGAACCAACUUUUGUCUUUUGAGGUGAUAUUGAAGGCACAGGAUCCUCUAUUA